GUUCGUGAUUCCGUUAAAAUCUAUCCAUUUGUUGAUACCAGCCGUCUUCCCCUCAGAGUUAUUCGAGAACCUGUCCGACAGAUCCUUUAUCAUGUCGUCCGACCAAUGCGUUUCUUCUUCCUCGCAGUCGCAGCUGCUUUGACAGCAUCGACGUCUGUCAGUGCUCCUGCCAGUCACGGAGCCGACGAACAAUCAUAAUCACGCCAUUCCUAGAAUGAUCAACGAGGUUUUCAGGACUUAAAAGCCAGCCGUCUUCCCUACCAUACACCAUCUCAGAUUUAUUCGAGAACCUGUCCCACAGAUCCCAUAUCACUUCAUACAUCUAAUGCGUUUCUUCUUCCUUGCUGUCGUGGCUAUUUUGACAGCAUCCAUGUUUGUCAGUGCAAUACUAGCUGUUUUGAGCAGGCACUUGCAAUGUGCUAGCGCUCACCAAGAAUGCAGUAAUAGCCUACAGUGUUGCCCUGGAUUUUUGUGUGACGACGGUGAUAAUGGCGGAAUGUAUUGCGUGACCGACGACGUGACAAACUUGUUGGUAGACUUGUUGGCCCCCUUAACCGACGGGAACUGAAAUUCCGAGAAGCUCACGUCACAAGAUUGAUUGCUGGAUUGCUGCCCUUGGACAAAUUCCACUGUCGCUUGAGCAGUGGAAAUUCUUGAAUAGAACAUCUCGAAGACUUGAUAUGAUAUCGACUUGAAAAC